AUGUUGUCAUCGUUAUUAUAUUUAAUAAACGACAUAGCUCUCGGACCUGGGAAGCGAAAAGUGAAGCAAUAUCUUGAUGCAGCAACCCGCGGUGUUUUUUAUUUCUACGCCCGCCAUCCGUUCCCCACGGCUCUCCAGGAGACGCAAGGCGCGAAGCUGGAUUUCGAAUCGUUCAAGCGUGCGGCGCUGUUGACCGUCUUUCAAGCAGAUAGCUUGCUUGGCACCCGUGAGCUCGACUGGUACUGGCGCGAGGACGCGGCGUUCUUCCAACGGGCUGGUAUCUCUCGGGUGUUCAGUAGCAUCGCGCUCCCGUCUGUUUCAUGCGGGUCACAGCAGAAUAUUGAUGUCGGCGCGUUCAAUGAUGCCAUGGAUGUCCUAGUCAUGACUGGUCCGCAGCUCAUAAACGCGGUGCCUUCGGAGGAUCAACUUGAAUCCGGAGUGCGGAGGCUAUUUGCUGAAGGUGGACGCCGAGUGAUGCGCGGUCAGAUGGUGAGGCGAAAGGAUUUGUCUACUGUAAUAGAUCCAAUGUUGCGGUUGAGAUUGCGGGAACAGACAUGGGGAUUGUAUCACCCACUUGGUGACAUUAUUGAAGAAAACUGCGAAUGUCCUGGUGAGACGAAGGCCUUGGUAGAUUUUUUGGCAGGUAACAAUAGCAGAGAAGACGUUGGUGUUCAGCAGCUUUCUAGAGUAGCAGACUUGCUGCCCAACUUUUUGUUGCGGUUCCAGCAGUUAUGGACAGUGUUAUUGCAACCUGCGGAAUCAGCUGACAUCACGAAGCUGCCUGUCCGUGGCAUCGAAUUGCCCCAUAUCACUGGCAUCAUUUCAUUCUUCGCCCCUCACAUUGAUCUUGACAAUGUCGGUCGGCAACGAAGUAACGUGCAAAAUACGCAAAUCACAUUAAAUCCACUGACUUCAGGAACUUCAGGUUCGCUUGAUGCGACAAUUUUACACCAAUCUCAAGCACUCUCAAACAGUGUGUCUGCACACGUCGUGUUGUUUACCACGGCGGUUGAUGUAGGUGUAGGUACACUAAAGACGAUAAUAGGCGGCUACUUUCCCACUGAGGGCGCCCAUGUACUCUUCCAGCUUCAGCCAAGCUUCCGCCUCUUACACUCGACAAAACGUAACGUGUCACUUGCCGAUCUGGUAAAGACUGAAAGUAAACUUAGUGAUCAGACUGUAGGAAGUGAAGAAUCAAGUUCGCUCUAUUGGAUCGGUGACCCUAUAGCGCCGGGCGCAGGUAUUCGAGUUGAUCCCAAGCAAAGAACAGCACGUCUUGCCAGAGAAACAGGAGAUUGCUAUACAGAUGUGCAAGUGUCAAGUGGGGAGGACAGCGGCGGAAUGAGCGGAGAUCUCACGAUUCAUGAUGCUAGGAUGGAUUUAUUCGUCGUCGCGGGUACGGGAAUUGAUAAAAAGAGUUAAGGGCUAUCCGGAUACUUCAAUCUAUUUGGGCGAUGACAGCAGUCCUUAUAAUAUGGAGAUUGGCUUCAAGCACAGCAUCAAAACACAGGCGGUCAGUGCUGUAAGACCUGGUUGGAGUUUUGCUAAGGCCAUAAGAGCUUCACUUGAGAUGCCAAACGGAGAUAACACUAAAUCAACCGUUCGCAUCGUUUCGCCAGCCAACUUCUGUUUGAAUUCGGUGUCCUUCUCUUAAGAUGCAACACGAUAAUGUGUUCAAGCAAAUCGAUUGCUGACCACAUAAUGCGACGAAUACGAAUUACGCGCU